UUCCUGUUCACCGGGGCGUUGAGUUUCCCGUUGUAUGCUUUACUGUUUUUUUUUUUCCCCUCAGUUCUUGUAACUGUCAGUCGCGGGGCAUCAUCAUCAUCAUCAGGGCUCUGAGCCAGGUCAUCUUACUCAGGUACUGAAGCUGGACAUCGACUGGACCCUCCUGAAACACACCUCAUCUCCUCCAUCCACCUCCCUCCUCCUGCAUGCUGACUGAGCAUGCUGUCUCUCAGGAUGUUGGGUAUUCUCAUGCUCAUGUUUUUACUGUGUGAUGCAGACAGUUUGUGCCCUGACAGCAUCAACCCUCUCCGGCUGGAUCCUCCUGAGGUCAUAGGGAAAUAUGGAGACACAGUCCUUGUAAACUGCUCAAGCUCAGAAGAGUAUCUUGAUGGAAUGGUCUUGAAACUUGGAAACACAAACCACAAUGACGACGAUGAUGAGAAUUUUAUCUCAGAGUCAUUGUCCCUGUCAGACUGGAGCGUGAAGGCUGAGUGCAGAAUAAAUUUAAAUGAGACUGUGGAAUGCAGCAGAGAACUUGGAAUCACCAUAUACAAGACUCCAGACACAGUCACACUCUACGGUGUGGAUGGUGCCCCGAUGGUGGAGGGAGCAGAGUACACGUUGGAUUGCCACGUCAACAAUGUGGCUCCCGUGCAGAAGCUCACAGUGAUUUGGUACCGAGACAAUGAAAUGUUUUCCACUGAAACAUUUAAUGAAAACACUGUGACCCCAGUCAAUGUGUCCUCUUCCUUGAGAGUCACUGCUGACAGACAUCACAACGGAGCACUUUUCAGAUGUGAAGCUGAGCUGCACCUUGGACCAGAGCUCAAUCUGACUACAGCUUCACUGUCUUACCCUGCUGUUGUGCACUAUGGGCCACUGAUCAAAAAUUGUUCAGGCCCUUUCUCUGGUUUGGAAGAUGAGUUCCGUCUGGACAUGUUGCCCUGUCACAUUGAUGGGAACCCUCCACCCACAGUUCAGUGGUACUAUCAGAACAUGGAGAUCGGUGCAGAUGAGCUGCUCAAGCGGCAAGACUCAGGAGAGUACACAGUUGUAUUUAAAAAUGCAAUUAGGAGAAGCCACAGUUCUAUCGACAUCACAAUCGAAUACCGCCCUUCGUUUGCCUGCAAUGACCACUAUGAGGUUAAAGAGGGGGAUUUUUCCCAAACUCUAUGUGAACCAGAGGGACUGCCUCGACCCAACAUCACCUGGCUGAAAGAUGGAGAAGUGAUACCAACCCCACAGCGCUGGACGAGGCAUGAUAGUGGAAGUUACUCACUUAGAGCAACUAACAAACAUGGAACAGCCACACACGCACUGGAUCUUGAUGUUUUGUAUUGCCCCCUGAUACUGACGCCUGCUGAAGUGGUGGUGAGAUUUGGAGAUCCAGUGUCAGUUAACUGCAGCACAGCAUCAACCACAGACUUUUUGGGAAUGAGCUGGGAGGCUUCAGCUGGAGGCACAGGGUUUGAAGACAAGUCUUCUCUCACCUGGACAGUUGAGAAAGUGGACGAGUGGGACAUUAAACCUCAGUGCUACAUGACUCGGAGGAAUGGCAAGCAGUGCUUUAUGACACCAGACAUCACUGUUUAUAAGACUCCAGACACAGUCACACUCUCCGGUGUGGAUGGUGCCCCGAUGGUGGAGGGAGCAGAGUACACGUUGGAUUGCCACGUCAACAAUGUGGCUCCCGUGCAGAAGCUCACAGUGAUUUGGUACCGAGACAAUGAAAUGUUUUCCACUGAAACAUUUAAUGAAAACACUGUGACCCCAGUCAAUGUGUCCUCUUCCUUGAGAGUCACUGCUGACAGACAUCACAACGGAGAACUUUUCAGAUGUGAAGCUGAGCUGCACCUUGGACCAGAGCUCAAUCUGACUACAGCUUCACUGUCUUACCCUGCUGUUGUGCACUACGGCCCCUCAUUUGCCUGCAAUGACCACUAUGAGGUUAAAGAGGGGGAUUUUUCCCAAACUCUAUGUGAACCAGAGGGACUGCCUCGACCCAACAUCACCUGGCUGAAAGAUGGAGAAGUGAUACCAACCCCACAGCGCUGGACGAGGCAUGAUAGUGGAAGUUACUCACUUAGAGCAACUAACAAACAUGGAACAGCCACACACGCACUGGAUCUUGAUGUUUUGUAUGCUCCUGAGCUCAAGCACACAGUAGAUUAUAUCACUGUGGUCGAGGGUGAGAAUGCCACCCUGACCUGUGGAGCGAGGGGGAACCCUCCUCCUGUCUUUACGUGGACCUGUAAGGGGAUGAAUAUCUCGGCGAGCACGACUAAUCUGACUAUCACUGAAGCAACAAUCAGCGCAACCUACAGCUGCACAGCUACCAAUCACAUCGGAACAAUAACUAAGGAAAUCCACGUCCGUGUGGUGAGGAGGAAUAUUCCUGAGGCACCAGCAGAAAGAGAUUGCCCCCUGAUACUGACGCCUGCUGAAGUGGUGGUGAGAUUUGGAGAUCCAGUGUCAGUUAACUGCAGCACAGCAUCAACCACAGACUUUUUGGGAAUGAGCUGGGAGGCUUCAGCUGGAGGCACAGGGUUUGAAGACAAGUCUUCUCUCACCUGGACAGUUGAGAAAGUGGACGAGUGGGACAUUAAACCUCAGUGCUACAUGACUCGGAGGAAUGGCAAGCAGUGCUUUAUGACACCAGACAUCACUGUUUAUAAGACUCCAGACACAGUCACACUCUCCGGUGUGGAUGGUGCCCCGAUGGUGGAGGGAGCAGAGUACACGUUGGAUUGCCACGUCAACAAUGUGGCUCCCGUGCAGAAGCUCACAGUGAUUUGGUACCGAGACAAUGAAAUGUUUUCCACUGAAACAUUUAAUGAAAACACUGUGACCCCAGUCAAUGUGUCCUCUUCCUUGAGAGUCACUGCUGACAGACAUCGCAACGGAGAACUUUUCAGAUGUGAAGCUGAGCUGCAGCUUGGACCAGAGCUCAAUCUGACUACAGCUUCACUGUCUUACCCUGCUGUUGUGCACUAUGGGCCACUGAUCAAAAAUUGUUCAGGCCCUUUCUCUGGUUUGGAAGAUGAGUUCCGUCUGGACAUGUUGCCCUGUCACAUUGAUGGGAACCCUCCACCCACAGUUCAGUGGUACUAUCAGAACAUGGAGAUCGGUGCAGAUGAGCUGCUCAAGCGGCAAGACUCAGGAGAGUACACAGUUGUAUUUAAAAAUGCAAUUGGGAGAAACCACAGUUCUAUCGACAUCACAAUCGAAUACCGCCCUUCGUUUGCCUGCAAUGACCACUAUGAGGUUAAAGAGGGGGAUUUUUCCCAAACUCUAUGUGAACCAGAGGGACUGCCUCGACCCAACAUCACCUGGCUGAAAGAUGGAGAAGUGAUACCAACCCCACAGCGCUGGACGAGGCAUGAUAGUGGAAGUUACUCACUUAGAGCAACUAACAAACAUGGAACAGCCACACACGCACUGUAUCUUGAUGUUUUGUAUUGCCCCCUGAUACUGACGCCUGCUGAAGUCGUGGUGAGAUUUGGAGAUCCAGUGUCAGUUAACUGCAGCACAGCAUCAACCACAGACUUUUUGGGAAUGGGCUGGGAGGCUUCAGCUGGAGGCACAGGGUUUGAAGACAAGUCUUUUCUCACCUGGACAGUUGAGAAAGUGGACGAGUGGGACAUUAAACCUCAGUGCUACAUGACUCGGAGGAAUGGCAAGCAGUGCUUUAUGACACCAGACAUCACUGUUUAUAAGACUCCAGACACAGUCACACUCUCCGGUGUGGAUGGUGCCCCGAUGGUGGAGGGAGCAGAGUACACGUUGGAUUGCCACGUCAACAAUGUGGCUCCCGUGCAGAAGCUCACAGUGAUUUGGUACCGAGACAAUGAAAAGUUUUCCACUGAAACAUUUGAUGAAAAAACUGUGACCCCAGUCAGUGUGUCCUCUUCCUUGAGAGUCACUGCUGACAGACAUCGCAACGGAGCACUUUUCAGAUGUGAAGCUGAGCUGCACCUUGGACCAGAGCUCAAUCUGACUACAGCUUCACUGUCUUACCCUGCUGUUGUACUCUAUGGGCCACUGAUCAAAAAUUGUUCAGGCCCUCCCUCUGUUUUGGAAGAUGAGUUCCGUCUGGACAUGUUGCCCUGUCACGCUGAUGGGAACCCUCCACCCACAGUUCAGUGGUACUAUCAGAACACGGAGAUCGGUGCAGAUAAGCUGCUCAGGCGGCAAGACUCAGGAAAGUACACAGCUGUAUUUAAAAAUGAUUUUGGGAGAAACCAAAGUUCUAUCGACAUCACAAUUGAAUACGGCCCCUCAUUCACCUGCAAUGACUACUAUGAGGUUCGAGAGGAUGGUUCCUCCCAAACUACAUGUGAACCAGAGGGACUGCCUCGACCCAACAUCAUCUGGCUGAAAGAUGGAGAAGUGAUACCAACCCCACAGCGCUGGACGAGGCAUGAUAGUGGAAAUUACUCACUUAGAGCAACUAACAAACAUGGAACAGCCACACACGCACUGUAUCUUGAUGUUUUGUACGCCCCCGUGUUACAGGAGGGAAAUGACACUCCGGACGUGGUCUUGGGUGAGAAUGUGACUUUUCCUUGCAGUGCUGAGGGAAACCCUCCUCCUGAGAUCCAAUGGAACUACAAGUAUAUGCCGAACACGAAGCUGACAGAGACCACUGGGCGGCGCCAGAGGAAUAUCACCAUCACAGGAGCCACGUCUACCAACACUGGUGUUUACAUCUGUACUGCCACGAAUGAAUUUGGGACCAUGACAAGAGCUGUCACACUGGUAGUGAAAGAGAAAUCCGGAAGAAACCCCUCAAAGUUAAUUUGGCUGCUGCUGCUCCUGCUCCUCUUCAUCCCCAUCAUUUAUUUAAUUGUUCGCUGCCGCCAGAAAAAACGUGGAGAAUAUAAUUUUGUUCCCAGCAGAGCAACAGAUGGAUCAGAUAUCCCUUUGACUCCUACGUCUAAUGGGGUGAAAACGUAGGACAGUUGUUUCAUGCUGAAUAUUUUCAAUCUGCCUGAGGACUGAAAACAUCAUCAAAUAUGACAUUUUUGUUUCAUAGCAAGAAUGGCCUGUAAAAAUUGUAUGUACUCUGGUUAUGGCCUAAAAAAUGCUGCAUUUUUGUAAUUUUUUUUAAAGAUUGUUCUGAUAGUUGUUCUAGAGUUGUAAAGUUACAUAAUGGCUUGUUUUAAUAAGUCAUGUUCAUCACUCAUUGUGUGAUUAUAUUUUCAAGGUUUCACAUUUUUAUUUUUUUUUUACUUACACAGUACACUCCUGAUUAUUUUUCAGAUACUAAUUUUGCAUUGUAAUCCUCAUGAAAUGAGGCAAAAAUAACAAAACUCCAAUGUCGGUCACAUGAAACAGUCAAGGUGUUAUAUGACAUUAUUGUACAGAUUCAUAAUAAACUGAACAACAACAACAACAACAAAAAAAAAAACACAGAACAGCACUUAUUAAUAAUUGUACAAUUUCAAAUAAAUAAUCCAGGAUUACAUAAAUCAGUUAAAACGA